AGACACCAAGAGUAAACAAACGAGUCACUUCGAGGGGAACGACUGGCUAUUCAGUGCGACAAUAUAGCUCAUCAUUACACACAAGAUUCCACGUCAGAAGAGGGAAAUUAUCCGUAUAUCACCCUUCCAGGUCGUGAUGUGGUGUUUAAAGGUUCAUGCCAUUGGGGCCAUUGUCUGUGCUUUCAUAGCACACCUGCCAACUGGUGAAGCGAAGGCCUCAGAAACACUGAGUCUCUCAGAUGCACAAUUUUGCCAGGGCGGAUUAGAAGUUAUAUACCCGGAGAUUGACAUCAGUGACUGUAUGAUCAUCCCACCAGGACUGAGGCAGAAGAUUAGUAAGGAAUGGGGCCCCCCAAAAGUGAGAAUGGCAAAUGCUAAGAAGGAGAAGUACGUCCUGAUGAUGGUCGACCCAGAUGCCCCGAGCCGUAGCAGCCCCACUCGGGCCCACUGGAGGCAUUGGCUCGUAGCAGAUAUUGAGGGCAGUGUGCUGAGGACUGGGACCAUCUCAGGCUCUGUGCUCUCAGAGUACCAGCGUCCAAGGCCACCGCGGCACUCAGGGCUGCACCGCUACCAGCUCAUGCUCUUCAGGCAGCCGGACCAUCAGACGCUCUCGCUCAGCAAGGAGGAGAUCGCCUCACUGGGGAACUGGGAGCCACAGGCGUUUAUUGGCAGAUUCGGGCUGCGGCGUCCGGUGGCCUCCGUGCAGUUCCUCACCCAGAACUACGAGGACUGAGGAAUGUCUUCCUGUCUGUCGUCCCCAGCAGUCCAUAAAACAUGGACGGGUGGCAUCGUUCCACUCAUUCAAGGGCUCUUGGGUUUCAGCUGUUCAAUGUAAUUGGAUGUAGACUGUAGGAUCUGAUUGAAUGUCUGGCCUUAAAAAGAAUCCCCCACAGACAUUGGCAGUGUUGGCACAGUCUGGGACUUGCUUCCAUGCUACCCCCCCCCCCCCCCCCCCUCCCUUUCCCCCCCAAGUGUAGUUGGUGUUCUAAAGUUGGAACAUUGUCUAGGGAAUAGACGGCAUGUUUUGUGCUGCCAGUAACUGUUGCUUGAUUAUGCAGCACUGGGCUUUUAGUGAGUAUAUCAUAAAAGCUUGUCAGCUAUGUGUGUUCGGUUAGUUAGGACGGUCUGCUUUGAUAAUCAGUCAUGAUUUCAUUUAAAUCAGUGUCUAAUCUAACUGAACUGCCAGCCAUCAUGUGUACAAAACAAGGUGGCACUGAUUUGUUUUUUAGUGGCAUCUUCAGUCUAUGGAUUGCAUAACAAGAACAUAAAAAAAAAUCUCUCUCUCUCUCUCUCUCUCUUCCGAAACUUUUGAAACCAGCAAAAAUAGGCACGCUAUAACCACAGUGUGUAUUUAUGUCCAAGUCUGCACCAGAAGCAGUAUUUUUAACCCAUUCAUUUGCAUGCCUGAUUCAAGUUCCUUCUAGUCGUAGACAAGCCUGGCCAGCACAAGUUCAUUCAGCUUAAUAAAAACAACAGUCACCUAUAUCAAUUGAAGUUGCCAUUGUAAUUGUGUAAAUGUUUUGUUGCAUUUCAGCAAUUCUUUUUUCAUUC